CAAUGGUAGUUCGUAGUCUCUUCAGUAUAUAAAUUGCAGAUGGAAUUUUCCAUGUAGUGUGUUGUACAGAUUGUCUGUAAUCGUAAAGUCGGAGAAGAAACUUCUCAACUCUCCACUUCUCAGUAUUUCCAUGAAGGUUGUGAAUGCGCUGACACGAACUAUAACCCCAGAUACAAACCUCACAUGGGCGAUGCAACCUUCACUUCCUCAAGAGCUGCGUGUUUCUGAAGCAACGAGUACUCUUGAUGUGCAGUGACUAACAUUCGGCGGCUCGACUGCUCUGUCCCACUGGCUGUACCUGUUCUUGCCUUCUCUCCUUUUGAUUUUCUUUCUACGCUAAAACAUCUGAAAUUAGUUCAUAUGCUCAGGUUAUCUUCAUAUUUUGGUGUCCUUUUUUUCUAACAAAAAAAAAAAAAAAAAAAAAAUCUUUGCUGGAUCGUUCUUCUCUUGUACAAUUUUCUAUCCCAAUUUGAUGUUGCCUCCUGGAGGUUAGGUUUGUGACAAUACAAGAUUCGGAAGGGUGGUUGGUAACUUGGCCAGCCCACUGUAAUUGCUCUCCCUUGGCAAACUUAAGCUCCUUUCAAGGGCUGGACCUGCCGUGAGCAACCUCCACUGGAAACCAACAGUGUUAAUGUUUCUAGCGCAUUUUAUCGUCAGUUCGAUAGUGUAAACUAUCACUGCAAUCUCAUAAGAUGUAUAAUUCGUGAAGUUAUUACGGCGAUUGCAACCUAGAAAUUAUUGGGAAGACUACCGACAGAAGCAGGACAUAAAACCACUCUUAUAGGUCAUCUUUCAAUCAAGAAAGCUGAAAUUUAGGUUUACAGUUAACUCUCUGCAAAACCCCGUAGAACACGUAGCCAUGGUAGAACGAAAUGGGGACACAUCUCGCAAUAUGAAGAAAGUGAUGGUAUUCUGCGAUGGAACCUGGUGCGGGCAGUUGACAGGAACCAAAACAAACGUCAAGAUUCUGGCUGAUGCAAUAGCCGGCUAUGAGGUCAAAGUCGGGGAACCCCUACCCAGCACAAUAGAUUCAAACAUAACAGUAUGCUACUUCGACGGAGAAGGAGUGCAAGGAAACUUCUCAGACUACAUCUUGGAUGGAGCACUCGGCGGCAACAUCAAACACGAUUGCUUGAAAGCUUACAGAGUCAUCAUGGACGAAUUCGAGAACACGAGCGGUAACUGUGAAGCAUGGCUGAUUGGGUUGAGCCGAGGAUCCUACACAGUUCGUAGCGUCGCCGGAUUAAUCAACAACUGUGGCAUCAUCAGCCGAAGUGUUCUACAAAGUCAUUUGGCAAGAGAUGAGCCUCUCACAAAUGAAGAAAUGGAGGACUUAAUCAAUCGGGCAUACGAUUAUUACCGCGACAGGACAUUGACAUACAUGCCCGACACGGAUUACAUGAAGGAGUGGAGGAAGAAUCACAGCCGAGAAACGGAAAGACCACCGAUCAAGUUUAUGGGCCUUUUUGAGACAGUGGGAUCUUUAGGGAUACCAUCACUGAAUCCUGGCCAGGGGGUGGAAUACUACGGAACACUGAAUUUCUACGGCAAGCAGGAGGAAGGAGCUUCUGGAGUAUCGGGAGAGGUGGAAAGGGUGUACCAGGCGCUCGCAGUUCACGAUAGAAUGACGGCAUUCAGUCCCUGCCAUGUGAAGAGGGAUAAGCCAAACGACCAAUUCUACUACAACGAGAUAAAAAAACUCGGCAUCAAAUACGAGACGGAGGAGCGCUGGUUUCCCGGAGCCCACUACGACCUCGGAAGGCAGAAAUUCAUGUUCUUCAAAUCACCCAGUCUUUGCGCGCCUGAACUUAAGGAGCUAUCGUUCCGUAAAUGGGUAAUGGAGAUCGCUACAAGAGCCGUUCAGAAGAGCAUCAGCUUCUGGCUCACUCGCCUACUGCGAAUCCCUGACAUUCACCCAGAAACCACCUACUCCGAGACCGUGCUGCUAUGGAUGAUGGAGAAGAUGAUCGACACGGAUUCAGACAUCUUCGGGUAUUUGCGCACGACUGUGCGUAGCGAAGAGGUGGAAACGGUACCGUGGAGCUUGAAGCUCUACGACUGGUUGACACUGAAACCAGCCCCAUUAUACAACGACGCUUACGACCAGCUCGUGGAAAAGAGGUAUCUCUCGGUGUUUCUAUUCCCGCUUGCGCAUCAGUUCCUUGUGACCAUAUUCACCAGGUAUCUGCUCAAGGACCGAACAAUCCUGGAUCCUCCUCUUCCUUCUGCGCCUUCAUCGACACCUCCUGCACCCCCUGUUCAGUUCGAAAAAUCCCAUGGGUUCGACGCCGACCUCAGAGCCUCCGCUCGUUACAGGUCCAGAAGCUACGACGCCUACCUGCUUGAGCAGAACAUACGAUGACAACAGAUGCAAAGAUCGGAUUGCACACCGAUCGGCCUCCAAAAUCGACAGAGCUCCCGGUGCAUGAAUCCCUCUAAACCAGGCGUGUCGAUUCACGUCGGCAUGCCAUUUCUCUUUCAGUGAACUCGCGGAGAAUUUGCAACUUGUAUGUGAGAACAUGCGUCCAUUAUUGAGGCUACAAUAUCAUCAUAAGCCUUUCUUUGUUGAAGAUUCAAUUGUGGAACUUACUGCUCCAAAUUUGUUAAAUGUUCUGCGCUCUUUCUUCAACUAUCAAUCGAUUUCCAUUAACUGUUGCAUUUCAAUUGUUUCUUGGUGAUGGCAUUGGAAGAAACUGUGCAAGCAUGCAAAAAUCUUAUUUAGUAAUAAAAAUCCAAAAUCCUUAA